AUGGCGGCGGCCUGCACGGAGAUGGAGCCGGCGGCGGCGGCGCCUCCUCCUCCUUCUUCUCCCGCUCCUGCCGCGCCGGGCUCGGGCGAGCUGGUGUGCGCGCAGGGCCGGAACCUGAAGGCGGUGCUGUGCCAGCGCUGCGGCUCCCGCGUGCUGCUGCCUGGCGCCGCCACCUUCGCCCGCCGUGAGCUCCUCCUGCCUGCCAUGCGGAAGAAGGCCGCAGCAGUGGGCGGUGGCGGCAGUGGAGGGGAUGUGGUGCGGGAGCACUGGCUGGUGCGCGACAUGUUCUCCUUCGAGAACGUGGGCUUCACCCGUGACGUGGGCAACAUCAAGUUCUUGGUGUGCGCUGACUGCGAGGCGGGGCCCAUCGGCUGGCAUUGCCUCGACGACAAGGAGAGCUUCUACGUGGCACUGGAGCGUGUGGCCCAUGAGUGACACUGACACCGCGGUGGGCAGGCUGGAGAUGAGGACAACACGACUGCUGCUCUGGCACCUGCUCAAGGUCUGGGACUGGGCCACCAGAAGUCCUGCAUGACAGCCUGAAGGAGGCCCAGCCACCCUGCGGCCUGGCCAGACAGACUGAAUGAGGCCCAGCUGACUGAUCCAUGUCUGCCUGCUCCACAUCCUAGCUGACUGACCACAGUCUGCCCUGCAGCCUGACAGACUGAACUGAGGUUCUGCUGAAGGACCAUGGCUUGGCCACCUCGCAGCUUUUCUGGCUGACUCCCCAUGGCCUGGCUACCCUGCAUCCGAUUUACUUGAACUGAGGCCUGGCUGACUGACCACAGCCUGGCUAAUCCAUGGCCUGACUGACCUACAGCUCAACUGGCUGCUCCACAGCCCAGCUCAUUAAUCCGCAGGCUGACAGACCAGCACCAAGAAACCGCGUUGGCACUGCAUACUCCCUUGCCUGAGCCCACAUGGGGAGGACGCCCUUGGUGGGAGAGUUGCCUGUGACCUACAGUGCCAGCAAGGACUGCUCACCAUGAGAAUUUUGCCAAAUAGCUCAAUCUAACACUUCCAAGAAGUGGCCACAAGCUACCUUGACUGCUCUCUUUGACCCCUUCCCUGUGCACCAUGGGCAUUUGCAUGGCUUCCAGGUGGGCAGGGUGGUGAAAGCCACUUUUAUUUUUCAAGUGUGCUAAGAUAUCUUUCCAGCUGAUCUGUUUGUGACACAGCUAUGUAAAUGUGGAUGGUGGCACAAGGGCAAGAGGACUAAGAGGACAGGGCUGCUGCUUUGAAUUGCAGUGGCAGCUUAAAUUGUCUGAACUACAGCCAAAGCAGUUAGGAGCUUACGGUGGUAUCUUCUGUUGAUUUUUUCAAAAGAGAUGUUCCCUGCCUAUAAUCCUAACCAUUAAGUUCUGUAAAACUUCCUCCUAGUUCACAACUGUAACCUAGAAAAAAUACACGGCACCUAAAGCCUGUGUAAGGCAUUAUAACUAACACAGUUUUAUUAACAAAGGAUUUGGAAAUAAAUUAAGAUACAGAAAGAGCUUGCAGAUGGCAUAGGCUGAUGGAAUGGCAAAUAAAGGUUGAUGUUGUAUAAAGCA